AUGCCUUCAAUCUCUUACGCUCCAUUCUUCUUGCUCUUCUCUUCGGCCCUCUCUUUCACCCCAUGUCCACUCCUCGGCCCUGCAUUUCCUCCGUUUUCCCUCGACACAAACGACAAAACCGUUGCAAGUGCCCUGCAAAAACUCACACAGAAGUUUGACACGCUAGUCGCAACUAACAAUGGUACUCAUGGGGAUACCUCGCCAAACACCACCUUUAGCAUCGCCUUGUUCUCGUCUGACGCCGGGAAUGCCGAAGACGAGCCCUUCUUCUGGCAAUAUCACCACACAGCUCCUAUAUUGAACCAGUCUUCGGUAGGAUCUCACACCGCGGACAAAGACAGCAUUUACCGCAUUGGUGGUCUCACUGAAGUCUUCACUGUGUGGAGUCUUCUUCUUGCCGGAGAUGGAGACCAGAUAUUUGAUGAUCCUGUUACCAAGCACCUCCCCGAGCUGAUUGAUAAUACUACAAGGGAACAAGAUAUGAACGGACGUGUAAGAUGGGAGGAUGUUACUGUUGGUCAGCUCGCGAGUCAUAUGUCUGGAAUUGGGAGGGACUAUUGCUCGACGGAUGUGACUUUGCAAACAAGUUCUGCUCAGGCCGGACUACCUCCACGCCAGGCUAUCAACAUACCUUGCUGUGGUGAUGACUCCAAGUGUGAUAGCAGGGAUUUCAUUCGACACCUGGCCAACCAAACUCGCGUGGCUCCGGCUGGGGAAACUCCAAUCUAUUCCAAUAUGGCAUUCCAGCUUCUAGGCUAUAUAGUAGAAAAGCGCACAGGAAAGCCCUUCAGCAAAGUCCUACAUCACAUAUUUGACGUCUUAGGCAUGGCUGAAAUCUCGAUCUUUGCGCCAAACAGCACCACUGCAGGAAUCAUUCCCGUGAGCAAAGAAGCUAGUGGUUGGUUAGCACACAACGAAGCAGACAUAGCGCAAUGCACCCACUGCAGAUCAAAAUCUCUUUUUUCCAGCGUUAAGGAUCUCGCAACAGCCGGCCAGGCAAUCCUAAACUCAACCCUACUCAGCAAACCCCAAACAAAUCGCUGGUUCAAGCCAGUCUCCCACACCUCCAACCCGGCCAACUCCGUCGGAUCCCCAUGGGUCAUAUACAGCGCCGGCUCAUACCCCAACACAUCCAUGGUGGACAUCUACACAGUUCUCAGCAACGAAGGCAACGACAAGAGUCUCUACAGCUCAUAUCUCGGCCUGGUCCCUGAUUUCGGCGUCGGCUUUGCCAUUCUCUCGGCCGAUAGCGACACCCCAGCAGAUCUCAACGCGCACGCAGAUGAUAUCGGUGAUGUCGUGCUAACAGCGUUGAUGGAAACGGCUACCGAGCAGGCAGCCCGGAAUUUCGGUGGCGAAUACAAGGUAUCCAAUAUCAAUUCGUCUAUUGUUGUUGAGUACGAUAGCUUGCCUGGUUUAUAUAUCCAGGAGUUUGUCAGUAAUGAUACCGACUUUCGUGCAACGCUGGCUGGGCUCGUGGGUGUCGCGAAGCCGGCGGAUCUGAGUAUUCGAUUGUAUCCUACACAGCUGGUUGAGGAUUCUGGAUCUGGCUCCAAGCAGGGGUUUAGAGCUGUCUUUCAGGAUGUGACUGAGUUGGCGGAUGCUGGAACUGCGACUUGUGUGUCGUGGCUAGAUAUUGGAAGGCUCCAAUAUGGAGGCCAUGGCUUGGAUGAGUUCAUCUUUUCUCUGGAUCAGAGUGGUCAGGCUGUCAGUGUUGAGAUUCCAGCUUUGCGAAUCUCGUUGCAAAAGAGCUAG